AUGAGAUUAGUCAUAGCUUUCACUCUCUUAAGUGCUGCUUUGGCAGCUAUUCAAUCUGACCUCGUUAAAGAAAUUCCUCAUGCACCUUCAAAUCUCAAGUUCACGAUGUACUCAGGCUACCUUCCACUUAAAAAUACUCAAGGAAGGCAAAUCCACUAUGUUUUCUUCACCAGCCAAAACAACCCACAGACUGAUCCUCUAGUUUUAUGGCUGAAUGGUGGUCCUGGAUGCUCAUCGCUAGAAGGAGCUUUUAUGGAAAACGGGCCACUGGUGUUUUCAGAGAGUGAGAUGAAAAUAAUGGUAAACCCUUAUACGUGGAACCUGAAUGCCUCAAUGCUUUACUUUGAAGCUCCUGCUGGCGUAGGAUAUUCAAUUAUGGGUAAUAUUGCCAAUAAUAAUACUAAUGAUAACCAGACAGCUGCUGACAACCUGCAGGCCUUGCUCCUCUGGUUCCAAGGAUUUCCUGAGUAUUUGCCUAAUAAGUUUUAUAUCGCUGGAGAGAGCUAUGCUGGCAUCUACGUCCCUACCCUAACUUACAACGUUUUGACUUACAAUGCUGGAAAUCCUCCAACUAAAAUCAACAUUCAAGGAUUUUUGGUUGGAAAUGGCUGUACCGAUUGGAAUGUGGACGCUGAAAAUGCUUUUGCGUACUUUGGCUGGUGGCAUGGCCUCUUUGGUUAUGAUGUAUGGAAUACCUGGGUGAAUAAUAACUGCACAGCUUUCAGUACUUCCCCAGUUUGUGUAGCAACUCAGGAUACUAUGUAUGACUUAUUCACUGAUAUCAACUUUUAUGAUGUUUAUAGACAGUGUGUUUAUCCUAACUUUGGAUAUAACUCUCACCGUGCUAAAUUUACAUCUGCUACUAAAUUAGGAGGAGUUGUAAACUGCGUGCCUGACAUUGGGCUAACUAAGUAUCUCAACUUGCCACAGGUGAGGACAGCUUUCCAUAUCAACUCCAGCUUACUCUCUUUAAAAAGAAACAGAUUUGUUUGCCAAUUAAAAAAGACAAUCCUUUUUUUUAAAAAUACAUAUGAAUUUUAUCAAUGAACUGAUUUUGAAAAAAACUAAAGAAUCAGUAGCAUUAUUUAUUAAAUUUAUGUUGUGGGAUGAAAAGGAAUAAAAUUUAAAGACUUUACCCAAAAAUAAUUAUUAAUUAUUUAUCAAAUGCUUAUAUAAAACAAUUUUGGAUUAAUUUUGCAUAAAAAUAGGAUUUUAAAUGCUUGCUUACUAUCAGAAGGAAAAUUAGGAGCUUGGACUGAAUGCACUGAUCUGAAUUAUCAAAUUGAUUAUCAACUUGGUUCAAUCUAUCUCUAUCCAAUUCUUCUAGACCCUCAAUAUGGGCUGAGAGCUAGAUUCUACAGUGGAGAUACUGAUGCUGCUGUCCCUACAAUUGGAACCCGACAGUGGAUCCAAAACUUGGUAAACAAGGGAGUAAUUUCUGUGACAAAACCAUGGAGGGAAUGGAUAUUAAACCAUCAAGUCGGGGGAAUGGUCAUUGACUACGCACCGGCAGGAUCAACCAAGCCAAAUUUCACAUUUAUGACGAUCAGGGGGACAGGACAUAUGUCUAUUCAGUGGAAAAGGCCAGAAGGCUACCAUAUGUUCAUCACCUAUAUCACUGGCCAGGAUCCUUAA